AGCAAAAAUCAGCUGUGAAAUGUCAAAAAAUGUAAACAAAUAAAUUCUCCGUGCGCCACAAAUAAAUGGAACAUACUCUUAAUUCUUUUGCCAAUUCCACAGGAGAUGCAUCAAGCAGCAAUGAUCCCAUCUUGCCCAGUAUUUUCGUGCAAAUCCCAAUGGCUUAUGAUCCGUUGCCAAAUUGCUCUGGGUCUUCUGCCAUCAAGGCGGAGGAAUCAAUCAAGUCGGAGGUGACAGAAAUGGGGCAUCGGAAGCCACAAUCGCCCUUCCUGCUGGGAAAUGAAGAGAUGGUAACGGCUCGUGUGAAACCGCUGAAGGUUCACAAAUGCAAACAGUGUGCCUUCCUGACCAUCUCUCCGGCCAAACUAACAUCCCACACUGAAACUCACCGGGAGGCAUCGCUGGAAGAGGUGUCGCUCCUCACAUGUCCUGGCUGCCCUAAUACAUUCCGUGCUAAGAAAUCUCUGGAAAUCCACCUUCUGUAUGAUCAUCAAAUCCUCGAGGCAGAACUGGAGGCAAUCGUGGAAUUCGCUACACUUCCUGGUCAAACGAAAUCUCCCCCUAAUUCCAAUCGCUCCACACCGAAAGCACGACCUAGUAGGAUAUUCAUUAAGAGCGUUGACGUUUUGCGGAAUCCCAUGGAAGAGGGCUUCCUGCAAAAUCACAAUAGACUCUUCCUCAAGAAUGUGAAUGUACUACGGAAUCCGGAGCUUGAACAGGGAGUUCUCAGCAGUGAAAUUCUCCAAUCUGUUGAGCAAUUGUGUGAUUCUGUGAGUGAAUUUCCGUCCAUUGAGCAGAAUAAUCCGGGAAUUGUUGUAACGGAGGCUCAAAGUUUCGGAUUGUCCGGGAUGUUCAACAAUGAUUGUACCCCCUCACCAAUUGAUCUCGAUCGUGGGGAUUUAAUCGUUAUUACCCCCACGAGUAUCUCUGAAUCUGCACACAGCAGUACAGCAGAUCACAGCGACAAUACAGCGCAGGAUGAGCCUGGAAGGAUUUACCUUCGCAAUGCGGAAACAAUGAAAACUCCCGGAUGCACGGAGAUUUCGCAAAAUAAUGCCUUUUUGCACCUUCGAACAGUUGAUGAGCUCAACUUGAUGAACCUAGAGGACGUGCAGAGCAUUAAUCGACACAACACCAUGUCCAAUGACAAUUCAAAGCAUUCCUGUGAUGAAGUUGUUGUCCUGGAUGAUGCACAAAUCUCCAGUAAUCUAUUCAGUAUCCCAACGGGUGAAGGAUCCGGAGAGAAUCGUGAUAAUACUCUCUCUGCAACAGUUCAGGACAUGAUGGCAAAUUACGUUGUUAUGAACGACAAGGAGUCAUCGAGAAAUGACGAUGGGAAUUCCUUUAAGACUUUCCUCACCCCAAAUGGCGAUGGGGGGCAUCUGGUGGAGAACCAAAAUACAGAUUUUGGAACCUUUCAGGGCUUGGAGAAUAUAAUUGAGGCUGCUAAUUACUACACCCCAACAAAAAUCAUCCCUUUCGACGAUACCAACAACACAUUCAAUCAGCAACCAUGUUUCUGUGUUCCUGAAGACACAUUUCAGGGAGUUCUCAGUGCGGAGCCAGAUCGUGAUCAUCCACGAGACACCACCAUACCCUAUCAGGGCCCCGUUAUUCCCAUUGAUGACAAUAACGAUGAAAUUAACACCCCAACGCAUUCAGUUCAAAUACCAUCGCCAAUUGAAAUUGAAAAUGAAGCCUCGGAGGAAGCAAAAACGCAGGAAGAUACAAAAGCUCUGGGAAGAAUAUAUGUGGUGAAGAAUUUACUUGAAGACCCCGGUGCAAAGGAGAAGAAUCCGCGUAAGACAACAAAGACCAUUGGGAGGCCAAAGGGAGCACGAAAAUCGGGAAUUACGGAGCUAAAGAAGCUCUACAGCAAUAUAACAUCCGAUGAGAUUGGAACCAAAUGUGAUAAUGAAGAUUGUGCAAUUCGAUUUAGGAACUUAAACAACCUGAGCUACCACCGACAGUGCCAUACGAAUGAAAAGUACGGCAUAAUCUGUCCUGAGUGCAAGAGCGUUGACUUCCGCAAUUGGAACACUCUGCACACCCACCUGUGGCGUGAGCAUCAAAUUGACAUGGAGCUGUACAGUUGUGAGUUGUGCAACUUCAAGACACCCGUGCUGUCACGACUGAAGAACACUCACGUUAAAAUUCAUUCGGAGGAGAGAAAUUUCAAAUGUGAAGUGUGCGAGAAGCGCUUCAAGAACACCAAACAGCUGAAGAAUCAUCGGCGAAUCCAUCGGAAUGUUGUACCUGAUCAGCUGCAAGUGCGGAAGUGUGACUACUGCCCAGCCACACUUGUCACCGGGCGUCAGUAUAAGAAGCACUUACGGGCUGAACAUGAGUGCUCAAGUGGCCACACAUGCGGUGUGUGCGGGAAGGUGAUGAAUUCAGUGUCAGCACUGAAGAUUCAUGAGCGAAAGCAUACAGAGAGUGGGCAUUUUGCCUGCCCUGAGUGCAGCUACACAACACACGAUCACAAUGCAGCAAGAAGGCACAGGAUGAAGCAUAGCAAGGAGAAGCAAUACAAAUGUCCCUUCUGUGGCUACAAAAGUAUUCAGAGUACAACGUAUCGGAAUCAUUUGGCUAAAGUACAUCCUGCCCAGGCUGCAGAGCUCAUCUUUAAAUGCCCAAAAUGCUCCUUUGAGACGAUUAAUUCCACAAAGUAUCGUCUCCAUGUGGCAAAACACGAAGGUUCACCGGCGGAGAAGACUGCAGAUAAAUCUCUCGUUAGUCAAAUUGAGCAGGAUAUUUUUGAGAUUUUCUCAGAUGCAACGGAACCUCCUCCGGAGACACCACCGCCCCUCCCCACGGUGUCAUCGCCAAAGCACAAUAAAAUCAAAGUUAAGAGUAAUUUGGUUCUGCGGGAUCCAUCAAAGUUCAUUAAUACCAACAAUCUGUUGCUGCAGAAUCUACAGCCGCACCAAAUGCUGCCAACAUCACCAGCGGAUCAGCAUCUACCACUCAUUCGUCCUGCACUGUUUUCCAAGACAUUCGAUGGGGAUGGUGUGAAGCAGCUCAAACUGACUGAUCGUCUGCCUCCGUGCAGUUCACCGCAAUAUCCAAAUAUUGAUCUUACUUAGGGGCACUUAGGGUACAAUUUGGGCAUAAAGAAAGUAUUAAGAACACCUAGAAGCUAUAAUAUAGAAGCUGUUCCUGAGAAGAAAAAUAAAUUAUAAGUCAAAAAGGAGAGAAAUCUUCGUCCGGUGAGCGCCAGAAUUAGGAGAGUUUUAGCCAGACUGUUUUUACGUUCAAAAGUUUAGCUUUUAAGUAAUUUUUAAGGUGUUGAAAUAUUUCCCUUAAAGACUGUUUGUAAAUUUAAAAAAAUCCUUGAAAAGAAUUUUUAAAACCAAA